AUGGCGGCGACUACUGCUAACCCCGAAAUGACAUCAGAUGUACCACCUCUGGGUCCGGCCAUUGCCUCUGGAAAUGCUGGGCCUGGGAUUCAAGGUGGAGGAGCCAUCGUCCAGAGGGCUAUUAAGCGGCGACCAGGAUUGGAUUUUGAUGAUGAUGGAGAAGGGAACAGUAAAUUUUUGAGGUGUGAUGAUGAUCAGAUGUCUAAUGAUAAGGAGCGAUUUGCCAGGUCGGAUGAUGAGCAGAGCUCUGCGGAUAAGGAGAGACUCGCCAGGGAAAACCAUAGUGAGAUUGAACGGCGACGACGGAACAAGAUGACAGCCUACAUCACAGAACUGUCAGACAUGGUACCCACCUGUAGCGCCCUGGCUCGGAAACCGGACAAGCUCACCAUCUUACGCAUGGCCGUUUCUCACAUGAAGUCCUUGAGAGGAACUGGCAACACAGCCACCGACGGCACCUACAAGCCGUCUUUCCUCACUGAUCAGGAACUGAAACAUUUGAUCUUGGAGGCAGCAGACGGCUUUCUGUUUAUUGUCUCAUGUGAGACAGGCCGGGUGGUAUACGUCUCUGACUCAGUGACCCCAGUUUUAAACCAGCCUCAGUCUGAGUGGUUUGGUAGCACGCUGUAUGAUCAGGUGCACCCAGAUGAUGUGGACAAACUUCGUGAGCAGCUUUCCACUUCGGAAAAUGCGCUGACAGGGCGUAUCCUGGAUCUGAAGACUGGAACAGUGAAAAAGGAAGGUCAGCAGUCUUCCAUGAGGAUGUGUAUGGGCUCAAGGAGAUCGUUUAUUUGCCGUAUGAGGUGUGGCAGUAGCUCUGUGGAUUCAGUCUCCAUGAAUAGGUUGAGCUUCGUGAGAAACAGAUGCAGGAAUGGACUUGGCUCUGCAAAGGAUGGGGAACCUCAUUUUGUGGUGGUCCACUGCACAGGCUAUAUCAAAGCCUGGCCCCCAGCAGGUGUCUCACUUCCAGAUGAUGACCCAGAAGCUGGCCAGGGGAGCAAGUUUUGCCUAGUGGCCAUUGGCAGACUGCAGGUAACUAGUUCUCCCAAUUGUACAGACAUGAGUAAUGUUUGUCAACCAACAGAGUUCAUCUCUCGACACAAUAUUGAGGGAAUCUUCACUUUUGUGGAUCAUCGCUGUGUGGCUACUGUUGGCUACCAGCCACAGGAACUCUUAGGAAAGAAUAUUGUAGAAUUCUGUCAUCCUGAAGAUCAGCAGCUUCUAAGAGACAGCUUCCAACAGGUGGUGAAGUUAAAAGGCCAGGUGCUGUCUGUCAUGUUCCGGUUUCGGUCUAAGAACCGAGAAUGGCUCUGGAUGAGAACCAGCUCUUUUACUUUCCAGAACCCUUACUCAGAUGAAAUUGAGUACAUCAUCUGUACCAACACCAAUGUGAAAAACUCUAGCCAGGAACCACGGCCUUCACUGUCCAACACGAUCCAGAGGCCACAGCUAGGUCCCACAGCUAAUUUAUCCCUGGAGAUGGGUUCAGGGCAGCUGGCACCAAGGCAGCAGCAGCAGCAAACAGAAUUGGAUGUGGUACCAGGAAGAGAUGGACUAACCAGCUACAAUCAUUCCCAGGUUUCUGUUCAGCCUGUGACAACCACAGGGCCAGAACACAGCAAGCCCCUUGAGAAGUCAGAGAGUCUGUUUGCCCAAGAUAGAGAUCCAAGAUUUUCAGAAAUCUACUCCAACAUCAGUACGGAUCAGAGUAAAGGCAUCUCCUCCAGCACUGUCCCUGCCACCCAACAGCUAUUCUCCCAGGGCAACACAUUCCCUCCUACCCCCCGGCCGGCAGAGAAUUUCAGAAAUAGUGGUCUGGCCCCUCCUGUAACCAUUGUCCAGCCAUCAACUUCCGCAGGGCAGAUGUUGGCCCAGAUUUCCCGCCACUCCAAUCCUACCCAGGGAGCAGCCCCAGCUUGGACCCCUAGCACCCGCCCAGGCUUCUCUGCCCAGCAAGUGGCUACCCAGGCUACAGCUAAGACUCGUUCUUCCCAAUUUGGUGUAGGCAGCUUUCAGACUCCAUCUUCUUUCAGCCCCAUGUCCCUUCCUGGUGCUUCCACUGCGUCACCUGGUGCAGCUGCCUAUCCUAGUCUCACCAAUCGUGGAUCCAACUUUGCUCCUGAGACUGGACAAACUGCAGGGCAAUUCCAGACACGGACAGCAGAGGGUGUGGGUGUCUGGCCACAGUGGCAGGGCCAGCAGUCGCAUCAUCGUUCAAGUUCUAAUGAGCAACAUGUUCAACAACCAUCAGCACAGCAACCUGGCCAGCCCGAGGUCUUCCAGGAGAUGCUGUCCAUGCUGGGAGACCAGAGCAACAGUUACAACAAUGAAGAAUUUCCUGACCUAACUAUGUUUCCCUCCUUUUCAGAAUAG